GCCGUUUUGCGAUUGUCUGUUGUGAUUGUGCUGCUGUGGGCAUUUUGAAAAGGGCAUAUGGUUUUCUCCCGGGGAUCGCGAAGCGCCGCGUGUGUGAUGUGGCCGCAUUAGUCUCUGCUGUCCUUAUCAGUGGUAACAUUUGAUGAAUGGCUCUACGUCGACCUCUUGCGACGGUGCUCAGAGCUGCUGGUGCGGGCAACGGGAUCGCCGCCGCCACCUCCCAAGGCGUGAACUGGGGCAAUGGUGAAAGGACGAAAAAAGUGCGCUACGAACCCUACUCGCAGCAAGAAGAGUGCGCCCGCUUCAUGUCGCUCCGGUGAUGUCAACGCUUCAGUGAAACAGCAGGAUGGCAAAUCGACCGUGGCCAGUGCCACCAGGACUUCACCGCCGGUCACCAGAAGCACUCGGAUAGACGACUACUUCCCCGUUCUGGGGGCCGAAAUGGCGACUGCCGAAGAGGUAGCGAGCGAGCACAGUUACUCACGGCGGCGCCCCAUCAAGAGGGAGCCCCCCUGCCCGCUUCAGCAGCUAGUGGAACCCGAGGUUCAAAUUCCGUGCCCGGACGCUGCAGCGCUUCCCGCCGGCCUGAGCCUUACGGCCACGCAGCCCCCCUCGCCCCCAUCUGUGGACACAAAAACGCCCGCUGUUGUGGUGCACAGGACCUACCAGGACAGGAGCAAAAGUGCCUCCAGAGCUACGAACAAGCCAGCCACUAAGGUCACUGUCAAGGCUCCUGUGGCAGCAGAGCACGACCCCUUAAAGGUGGCAAAAAGAAAAACUGAGGUGCCAUGCCACUCCCUGACAGAGUACUUUUCCAUCCGAAGGAGUGGACGCAAGACGAAGGCCACACUUGUGAAAGAGAAACAGAAGCAGGUUGAAGAUGCAAUUUUGAACGGCAUUGAAGAAGGCUUCCAGGUCGUAGAGCUUGCUGACAAGGGCCGGGGAGUGACUACGUCUCGGCCACUGAAAGCCGGUGACUUUGUGCUGGAGUACGCUGGUGAACUCAUUGACGUGCAAGAGGCAAAGCUGCGCGAACAGAUCUACGCCACUGACUCAUCAAUCGGGUGCUACAUGUACUACUUCACCUGCAGGAACAAACAGUAUUGUGUUGACGCCACGAAAGAAACUGGCCGGCUUGGACGGCUUGUGAACCACAGCAAGCGAGGCAACCUAAAGACGCAGACCUGCAUUAUCAAGGGCGUACCUCACUUGGUGCUCGUGGCCCAACGUAACAUUGAAGCCGGAGAGGAACUGCUGUACGACUACGGAGACCGCAGCAAGGCGUCACUCCAGUUUCACCCCUGGUUGGCAUUGUAGCCAGCUCUCCACGGUGGCAGCUUCGUAAAGAGUCGGCACAGCAGUGAUCCGGGGUGCACGCCUUUCUGCCUGGGUUUUUUUUUUUUUCCCCAGUGUUUUACAGAGCCUUCCCUGCCAGGGCCCUGCCGUUGUUCUAACACACGUGUCUCUAUUUAUACGGCUCACAGAAGUGUUGUUUGACAGAGCAGUGUCGUUUUGAUAAUCCAACAAACAAGGUGUAAAGUGUAUACCUAUUAGUCUUGGACAGCAAACACAGCUUUGUGUAAUGCAUAGCAGCCCUAUUUGCUGGGCGUCUUGGUGUGUUCAAGUGAAGGUACAGAACUGAUUAGAGUGCAAGGAGAGAAAGAGGACUGCUACCGUACCAUUGUCUAUGUUCUAGUACGUGGCUCUUUAUCUUCACAAAGUAUUGUUCUAAGCUACUCAUUUGUGAAGCAAGCUUCUCGAAGGCGACUUUACAGCUGACGACUAUAGGCACAAGAUAUCUCUGCUCCUUGCCAUCAUUUGGACACAAUUGUUACCCUCCUUACCAUUAAUUGGGAAUAAUUCCAACAUGAUCAGUGCUAGCAUCAAGGUAGAAUCUCGCAGUGAUUAACUAUGCACAUGGGUCGAUGGAUGGAGAAAUAGCGAGAGAAAAUUAAUUGUUCAGAAAGUAUGAGCAUGAUGCAGUUAUAAAAAGAACUAUGAGAAGGAAGAUGCAAACCCGUAUGUCACAAGUAUGUGAAACCUUGCCAGCAUGAUGUUGAAUGCACUGAACAAUGCUACACUGAUCACAACUCUCGCAUGUGAUGUAGUAUCAUACAAUGAAUGUUUCUCUGGUAAUGCUACGACACUUUUAAUGUCCACUUUGGCUCACAGCCAAGUUACAAUUUAAGGCCAGCUUGUUUACAAGGAUGCUAAGCAAUGUGCCUGAACGCUGUAAUAUUUCUGCACUGCAUCACAAUUUAGCUGGUCAUUUGGAGGCUGCCUUAUUUUCAUUUUAUGCAAAUUGGGCAUGCAUCAUCAGUGGGCUAGUGCGAAUAGCAAAUUUUAGGUUCGAAGUGAAUUCGAGUGAUUUUAGUCAAUAAUUUUGUAAUAAUGAUUUUGUCGAAUUCAAAUAGUACAUAUGUCAGGUAUUACAAUUAAAAACGGGCAUAUUUAUCAUUACCCAACUAACCUGCACAAUAUAUUUUUAGGAACUGAAAUAGUUUCUGUGCAAAUGCCUUUUUUUUUCUUCAAGAAAAGUAGAAACAACUUUGAAUAGCAGCAGGAUUUGACCAUCGGUAGAAUGCCAGUGAUAACCUGUAAAAUAUGUUACAUUUAAAAAUUUGCUAUACUCAGAGCAUAUAAGUCAAUAUAACAAGCUUUUAAACUUUGGAAAUGCAUCGAUGUGAGAGUAAUAUGUUCACUUAACUUGGAAGUGUGACUUUGUGGCAGUACGGAUUUCUCCUGGGUACGUGUUCUCACUGCUUAACAAUCCUUCACUGCAGUGAAACCACCUUUACAAAGAGUUAUACACGAAUUUGCAUAUGCUUAAGUGUUUUUGUUUUCACGGCUUAGUACCCCUUUAUUGCUGUGAAACCGCCUUUGUAGGGGUUCACAUGUAGAUUACGUCUAUUCAUUCGUUUCUAAUACUGUAUUAUUCGUUUGAAUAUUCAAAGAUUCGCACAAGCCUAGUUAUCACUGUGUGAAGACAACUUGAUAACGACAGUUAGUACAAGAGAUAGCAAUAUGCAGGAACGAAAAUCUCGCAGGACAAAAGUUUUACUGACAGAUGCAAUCUUAGAGCAUGUUACAGGUGUUCAGGCCAACCUUGCAAAUGCUGCCCAUAAUUGGUGAACAUACAGAAAUUCUAUGAAACAUUCAGCAAAUCAGAAGUCAUGUAAAUAGCGGUCAGAAAGUUAGUUUUUUUGUUAUUCUGUGCUCUUAGUUGGUCUUUUUUUUUUUUCCACUACAGAGAAAGUUCAAAGAUUUUGGCAGCUUUGCAACACGCGUCGCAUAAGUUUCAUUUCAUUCACUUCAAAGUCCUGUCUUUUUCUUGUGCCUGUCUGCAGUUGCUCCUGUUGCUGCACAGUUUGUCAUAGUGAACCUUCAAGAAGAUGCCCAUUUCGCCCCCAUUCUAAAAGCUGCUUUCCGAUUCUUCACUUUAAUUGGGUGCAGAGGUGUCACAAGUGACAAAUGAAGUGCGCUGCAGCAUUCAUUAAAGGUAUUAUAUGCUCAUAGCCCAGAGGGCUACUUGGGAGGUCAUUGGUUUCCCGACGUCCUCAAGUUUGCAAAUUUAAUGGCAUUAUUUUGUAUGGCACUAAUCAAAAAGGAAUGCUCUGACCUGGCCUUCAAACUUCUUUGUCUCCAGAAAAUGUGAUGCUGAAAUUGGCUCCGUGUACUCGAUUCUCCACAAAGCCUCAAAAUUUUCAACUGCACUUCUUGUUGGCAGUUGCCAUAUUGCAUGGUAGUUUAUGUAAUUGGAAAUACUAAAGUAGCACAAAGAUGGACACUAGAGCACACAGUUGCAACAUUCGACAAUCUUAAACAGAAAAACUUUGGAGAAUAGCAUACUGCUUCUAUAUGCUUAUGCGCUCUUCUUGAGUUUUGGACUAGACUUGUUCCUAAAUGGCAUACAGAGAAGAUCGCAUCACAAUCAUAGCGGAUGUUUGCAUUGGCAAAAUGUGUUCUAGCAAACGUGAAUUCAUUGCUGCCGCAAGCAUAUAUCUGAUGUCAGCACAGGACUUCUCAUUUAUUCUGCUACUAUGCAUCAGAAUGACAAUGCUAAUAGCCUUUUGGCUCAAGCUUUACAUCACUGUGAAUAAUUUCCACUUUGUGUACUGGUAAACAGAUUCAUUUCAUUACUUCGCAAGAAAGCGUUCAUACACCCUGUGCCAGUGCUGCAACACAUUGUUGGCAAGUUUGUGUGCAGAGCGAUCACACACUGCCACCGGAGGAAGUUUGUAGUGGUCUUGUUUUGUUAUUGCUAGUAGUAUUAGUAGUUAAACCAAACAUGUUGUUACUCUUUUGGUACAGUAUAGAAAGGCAUUUACACAUGAACAUGUUCUUUUACCAAGUUAUACACUUUCAUGUUCUUGUGUCCAAAGUUUACAUUAUUGUUUGACAUUUUUGCACCACCAUUCACUUAUGCGCCUGCCUUUUCAGUUUUCAACACUGCAUUUCUUAUUGCUUAUAUGUAGAUCCAUAAUCUUAUUAAUUCAGUUAUGGAAUUCAUGAGUCUUUUGUUUAAUGCAGUUUUAGAACGAGAAACUACAGGGCAUGCAAGUUCCCUACUUGAACAAACUUCAUCAGAAGUUUCUGACAUAGAUAAUAAAAUGUGAAGUGCAUUUUUCGUAUAUCGAAAGCAGAUUGCGAACUUCUGUCUAACGCAUUUUGUGCGUGAUAUUUGCACAACCAACUAUUGACAAGAGACCGUCGCUCUGCUCUUGGGUGCAUAUUAUAGCCAUGUACAGAUCACUUCAAGUCUUGUUCGCUUGGUUUCAUGGUGGAGGCAUACCACCUGUAAACCUAGUACAAUAAAGUGCCCAGGUUGAGAACUACCUUUGCAGUCGUUAAGUAGUAUUCACGGAUUUGGCGCAUACUGCAAGUGUGAACCAUGUGUGCUCGUUUUUUGCAAUUGUACAGGCAUGUACCCUCAUCAUCUUUUCAUGUUUUUGACGGCCACUUUGGUUGUUCUUCACUGUAUAAGUUAUUUUUCGGCUUCAUCGUUCCUCAUUACUCUUAUUACUGCACUCAUUAAAUACAAGCAUCUAUACCGCCUC